CGUGCUCACUGAAGGAGUUUAUUUGGUGAACAGCCAGCUGCUUGUAUAUUAUCCCGUGUAUUCCAACCAGACGUAUGAUAAACGUGUUUUAUAAUAGUUGUGAUGCGACGUCUGGUGCGGUACUGUGAUUCCUGACAGGAUGGAGUCGUGUGCUCACGCGAUGUUUGCAUUAGCUGGCAGAGAGAUGUUUGUAUGUGCCGAGUCCUCACACUCCAUUUAACAGCAAAUAAAGAUUUCACUGCCAGAGACUCAAUAUUGAUAGCGCUGCCUAAUGAGCUCAUUAAAAUCUCAUUAACAUCUCAUAUCUCACAGACGUUUGGCCUUGGUGUCGUCCUCACUGUGUGAAUGAUGUGUUGAAUCAGCGCCAUCACAGCACGUGUCACAGGUUAUCGUCUCUGUUCCGUGAGUUUAUUUGACACUUGUGCUGUCUCACAUCUGUCUGUGAACGGAGGCUAUGUGAGCGGAUUGAAAUUGAAAAGCUCUGAGUGGUUUUGGUUUGGCUGCUCUCGUGUGGUUUGGGUUCAGACCAGCGGCGGUACAGAAGCACAGCUCUGCGCUGACGGAUGUAUGUGAGGAAGGAUCUGUCAUGAUACCAAACAUCUGCGUGACCGAAGACUGCCGAGAUCGUCGCCAUCUCACUUUUAUUCACUUGCUUGAUGUGAUUUUUGCUGUGAUGCUAUCGAGGAGGAGAAUGCUCUUGCUCACAUGUCUCUCGUUCUUGAUGGAGUUCUCUGUUGGGUUUCAUUUAAGCAUCAACUCUCAGAUGUUUCUCUUGAGAUCGCUUGCAGGAGGAAAAUGUGUAAAUGUGUGAACACAUGAAGAGUCUGGAGGUGUCAAUGAAGGUUGUGGAGUGUCUAGAACCUUGCAAGGCAUCAUGGGACCUGCAGGAGAACCAGUGUCAGGACCUGUGUGAGACGCACUUUCCAAAGAAGCAUUAUGAGUGUCUCACGAGCUGUGAGUUCCUGCGCUCCGUCGAGAGUCAGAAACAAGGCGACUGCCCGGCGCCGGAGCGUGCCAGCGGAUUCGCAGCGGCGUGUGUGGAGAGCUGCGAGACGGAUGCUGAAUGCUCCGCUGUGAAGAAAUGCUGCUCCAACGGAUGCGGUCACACCUGCCAGGUGCCAAAGAAUCUCUAUAAAGGAGCUCCUCUGAAGCCCAGGAAGGAGUUGGUGUUUCUGGAGGAUUCCUCAGGUCAGCUGGAGAUACGCUGGUCAUCGCGCUUCAACAUCUCAGUAGAACCGGUUCUGUAUGUCCUCCAGCGGUGCUGGAACUUUGGCAUUCACCCCAGUGAAGAUGAAGCCACCCAGUGGCAGGACGUAGCACAGAUAGCAGAAGAGCGCGUCCUGUUGACCGACAUCAGACCGAGCAGGUGGUAUCAGUUCCGUGUGGCGGCGGUUAACGUUCACGGCACCCGCGGCUUCACGGCUCCCAGCAAACACUUCCGUUCGUCCAGAGAUCCAUCUCCACCGCCAACCCCAUCUGACCUGAGAGCGACCAACAUCAGCGUGGGUCAGGACGGUCUGAUGACGGUCAGACUCAACUGGACUCUUCCUGUAGAAUCUGACAUCCCCGUCCAUCACUUCAAAAUCUUCUGCAGCUGGACCGUACCUGGAAAAUCACUGCGACCCUCCAGAAGAAGGAGAAGAAAGAGCACAGACGGGGCUGAGUUCUCUGUUGAUCUGGACGGACUUCAUACCAACAUCACUUAUACUGUUGAGGUUCAGUCCAUCACAUACUGGUCUCAAACACGACUGAAGAGCGCCAAGGCAUCCGUCCGCAUAGACCCACAGCCACACAAACACUUCAACCCGGUGUCUAAGAUGAGAAAGAUUCCGUCUCUGAGUUCUGUGUCAGGAAAGAGAAGCUCAGGUGCGCUGGAGGUGGGCACACCGUAUUAUCAGGACGGACAACUACAGCUCCGCAUCUACUGGAAAAAACCAGCAGAUUCGUUUGUGAAGCGUUUUCAUGUUCAAUGGACGCCAGAACACUGCAGUCACAAUCACAGCAGAGGAACAGAGAAGUCCAUCACUCAUGAGAACUACAUCAAUCUUCCCCACCUACUGUUCUCCUGUAAGUACAGAGCGAUCGUCCGCACGCUGAACGGCAAGAGACGCUCGAAAGACGACAGCAUCACUUUCCUAACACCAUCCUGCGCUACAAUCCAGAGCAAGACCCCAAAACCCAUCAUCUGUCCUGGAGACACCACACCAUCGAAGGUUUUAGCUAAACCUGUGAACCUGACGGCAGUCUUUUCCUUCCACGAUGACAACGUCACAGCUCAUUUUCUCUGGAGUGUGUCCCGCCCCCAGCUCCAUCAACCAAUCACAGGGUUCCAGGUCACCUGGGCAGAGGUCACGACAGAGAGCCGACAGGACGGACUACCCAACAGCAUCAUCUCUCAGUCUCAGAUUCUGCCACCUGAUCAUCACGUGCUGGUGGUGUGGAACCUCCGAGCUGCUUCACUGUACAGAUUACAGGUUCACAUCAUCACUGUGGCGGGAGAAGGACCAGCGACCAUCAAGAUCUUUCAGACGCCCCACCCAGCACAACAUCAGCAGAAAGUUCGACAUCAGCAUCAGAAAUCUGGCGUGGAGAAACAUUGAAGACGUCUGAACAUCUUUAAACAGACAACACUGUAAAGAUCAUCACUUCAUUGAUUUAGAAAUCUCUCUUUCAGUGAUGCGACAGGGGGAUGAAACGGAAGCAGACGUGAUUAUUGACUCGUCCUCAUGUUCUUCAACCAUGAUUCGUUUUGUUCAUUGUGGAUUAUAGACACGAGGUCGACUAAAGAAUUAUUCUCAUUAUUUCUUGCAUUAUUCCAUUGACAGAUUAACAGAGACGUCAGUAAUACUCCAGCGUGUUUUAGUUUUGAUGAAAUGAUGUUUGUCGUGGUGCAGUCAGUGAAUGUUGAUAUUUAUUUAUGUGUGUAUUGCAACACUUUGUUUGUUUGUCCGUAUGUAAGUUUGUUUGUUCUGGUGCAUUAGAAGGUCAGUGUUUUAUUUUUUCAAAAGCAUUUCUUGUAAAGUGUAAUGUAAAAAAGCUGAAUUGUACAUAUAGUCUUAUGUUCUCUUGUUUCCAUGUACAUACUUUGAAGUAAUAAAAUAAUCCCACUUCUUUACUUGA